CACCCCGUGAGAGGCCCGAACCUGCCGGUUUAGGCCGUACAAAAGCGGUUAAAAAUAAAUCCUAAAAAGAAGGCGUGAGGGUUCCUAAAAAUAAAAAUGACAAAUCCUAAAAGAAAACUUCCUAAGGGAAAAUCUUGUCGGCGCCUCAGUCCCUGUCCCGAGCCGCUGGCCUUCCGCUGCGUGCGUCUGCACCGAGCCUGCUGCAGAGCAGCGCUGUGCCUCGUGCUGCGGGCUCUGCUGUCCCCGUCCCGGGGCGGCAGCGUUCCUGAGUGGACUCGGGGCUCACUGAGGAGUAUAGCGAGAGCUGGGCCUUCCCUGCCCACAGCCAGCCCCUUGCGACCGUAAAUGUGCCCAGCGGGGCCUGUGCCCGUCAAUUCCUAGUGUCACACUGUGUCACAUUGGCCCGGCAAGAGCCCACCGGCUUCUGCAGGCUACCCGCUGCGAUCAGCCCCGCUCACAGCCUCACACAGACCCCGAAGCCUCAGCGCUGCCCUGUGCUUCUGACCGCAGUGCUUCCCAGUUCUGUCUGUGCAGGCCAGAAGUGCCGUGCGUGUCCCGCUCGUGUCCCUGCCGCUGCAGGCCCCGUCGCACGGCUGCAUUUGGACAGCGCUCGCCACCCGCCGGCCUGAGGACGAUGGGGAAGGGCUACAAGGUGGUGGUCUGCGGAAUGGCGUCUGUGGGGAAAACUGCGAUUUUGGAGCAGCUUCUCUAUGGAAAGCACACUGUCGGUUUAGAAGAGGGUGCCACAAUGGAAGAUGUGUACUUGGCAUCGGUGGAGACGGACCGAGGUGUGAAGGAGCAGCUGCGGCUGUAUGACACCAGGGGUCUGCAGGAGGGCGUAGAGCUGCCCAAGCACUACUUCUCUGUUGCUGAUGGCUUCAUCCUCGUGUAUGCCAUCACCAGCCUCGAAGCCUUCCAGAGAGUUGAACAGCUCAAAAAAGAGAUUGAUAUCUUCAGAGACAAAAAGGAGGUAACAGUUAUCAUACUGGGAAAUAAAACGGACCUCCUGGAGCAACGACAAGUGGAAACAGAAGCAGCACAGCAAUGGGCAAGGGCUGAGAAAGUGAGACUGUGGGAAGUGACUGUGACAGAUCGGAAAACACUGCUUGAGCCAUUCACCUUCCUAGCGAGCAAACUCUCCCAGUCCCAGAACAAAUCAACAUUUCCCUUGCCUGGAAGGAAGAGCAAAGGGAAUAACUGCGAUAACUAAGCUCCCUUUAAUGCUGUCUGCCGUAGCCAGGUGCAGCCUAAAUCCUUUCUAUGCCUUUUGCUUCACGCGGUUUCACUUAAAGCAAUAAUCUCAUUCAGCAAUAAAUCAGCAAGCUUAUGGCUAA